AUGCAGCAGCAGCAACUGCAGCAGCAGCAGUAUCAUCAGCUGCAGCAGCAGCAACGGCAGCAGCAACUGCAGCAGCAACUGCAGCAACAGCAGCAGUAUCAUCAGCUGCAGCAGCAGGAACACCUGCAGCAACAGCAGCAGCAGCAACAGCAGCAGCAGUCUCAGCAGCAGCAGCAGCAGCAGCAGCAGUACUCUGGCAGCAGCAGGAGACAGCUGGAGAAGAGACAGCGCAUCGAGCCUCACUUGACUCUACCCUCAGACCUGGGGGCCCCCGCUGCUGCUGCUGCUGCUGCUGCUGCUGCAGCUGCUGCUGCUGCUGCAGCUGAUUCUGGUUCUGCUGCUGUUGCUGCUGAUUGUGUAGUGGAGAAGAAGGGACUCAGUGCAGCAAGCCCGUUCCUCGCAAGCCUAAAGCAGCGGCAGCAGCAGCGGCAGCAGCAGCUGCAGCUGCAGCAGGAGCAGCAGCAGCAGCAGCUGCUGCUGCAGGCAGAGGAGGAUGAGCAGCAAGACAGUAGCAAGGGCGCAGCAGCAGCAGCAGCAGCAAGACAGCAGCGUGGGGGGGGCCCCCAACAGAGAGACAGCAUGCUAGAGGGGCCCCCCUUUGCCUCAGCAACCAUACACUGGGAGGCAAGGAGACAGGCGGUGUGUGUUAAGGCUUAUAAGGUGGGGGGCCCCCACAGCUGCUGCCGCUACUUCCCUCUGCGUCUCCUCAGCAGGGACCCGCGGGUGGGGGCCCCCCAACAGCCCCGCAAGACCCAGCAGCAGCAGCAGCAGCAGCAGCAGCAACAGCAGCAGCAGCAGCAGCAGCAGCUGGUGUGCCCGAGGAGACUGUUGUUUGCUGCUUAUGUCUAUUUCUUACAGCUCCCCUUCGCACCAAGCUCUCAGCACCGUCCCCUCAAGCAGAGCACAGAGGGGACAGGGGGGCCCCCGGGGGCCCCCCGUCUCGCUGCUACCACAGCAGCAGCAGCAGCAGCGACUGCAGCAGCAGCAGCAGCAGCAGCUGAUAGGGAUGUUGGCAGCAGGCGCGCGAUGACCCACAGGGGAGGAGAUAAAGCAGCAGCAAGAGAGACAGGAGGGUCUGUACUUGCUGCAGAGGCACUUGCCGCUGCUGCAGUUGCUGCAGCAUCUCUUUCUGCUGCUGCUGCUGCUGCUGCCAACAGCAAUAACAACAAUAACCAGCAGCAGCAGCAGCAAACUGCUGCUGCUGCUGCUGCUGCAGGGACAGCAUCUGUGAUCCUCCUCUCCUGGUCCUUCUCGCUGCAGCAGCGGGGCUGUUCCCCGUGCGGGGCUGCUGCACCACGGCAGCAGCAGCAACAGCAGCAGCAGCAGCAACAGCAGCAGCAGCAAACAGAGGUGCAGGCUGCUGUUGCUGCUGCUGCUCAUGCGGAGCUGCCCCUUGAGCUGGGCGAGGCCCUCGGCUGUCUCCAACUGUCUCCUUUUGCUGCUGCGGGACAGAGGACUCUACAGCUUCUGCUGCAGCAGCAGCAUCAGCAGUUUGCAGCUGCUGCAUUUGAGGUCCCGAUGCUGCAGCCGCGCCGCCAGCAGCAGCAGCAGCAGCAGCAGCAGCAGGGCCGGCUUACAUUGUCUGCUGCUGCAGCACCAACAGCAGACUCUGCUAGCUUCUUGCUGCGGCAUCUUCAUGCUGCACUCGGAAGCAAAAUGCUGCUGCCCUCAGUACACCAGGCGAUCCUCAAAGCCAAGCUAUGGGGCCCCACACCUGCAGCAGCGGCAGCAGCAGCAGCAGCAGCAGAAACGCCAGAGGACAUGCCGGCCGCUGGCGCUGCUGCUGCUACUUCUGCUGCUUGUACUGCUGAGAGAAGCAGCAGCAGCAAAUACAGCUGCCGCCCCCAGGAAGAUACCAAUAGCUCAGAGAGGCAGCAGCAGCAUCAGCAGCAGCAGCAGCAGCAGCAGCAGCGGCCGUUUUUACGGCGUCUCCUCUGUGAUGGAUGCCCAGGGUGUCUUCGCAGCAAUUGCGGCUGCAUCUCCUGCAGCAGCAGCAGCAGCAGCAGCAGCAGCAGCAGCAGCAGGGCGAGUUGCCGAGGUGAUGCUGAACGCAAGGAGACGUUGGGGGUCGCUGCAGACUCGACGCUGCUGCAGCAGCAGCUGCUGCAGCGGGGCCCCUUUGCUGCUGCUGCUCGUCGUCUGAGUUGGUUUGAGGCGAUGUGUCUGAUGCCGCAGCAGCUGCACUCUCUGCCUGUUGAACGCCCAGCAGCAGCACCCGCAACAACAGCAGCAGCAGCAGCAGCAGCAGCAGCAGCAGCAGCCGAAGCAGCAGCAAGAGGUGGUAGCUGCCAUCUGCUCGCCGUGCUGCUGCCCCCAGUGGGAGGCCCCCCCUUACAAAAGGAUAAACUGCAUCGGGUGUAUCUGCAGCAGGGUGUGUCUGCUGCUCAUCCUUCUGUCUCCGUUCUGCUGCAGCACAGCAGCAGCAAACUCCCUCACAGUCUCAACACCAUAACCCUCGCGCUGCAGCAACCUCCUGCUGCUGCUGCUGCUGCUGCUGCUGUUGUUACGGGGCUGCGCUGCUUCCUCGCCAACCAAACUACCCCGCUGGUAGUGGAGCUGCAGCUGCCCCCACCAAGCCCCCGGGACGUGCCUCUAUCUGCUGCUGCUGCUGCAGCAGGUGCUGCUGCAGCAGAUGCUGCUGAUGCAGGAGACGCUUCGUUUGCUGCUGCUGUGACAGCGGUUAGCGGAGCUGCUGCAGCAGAUGCGGGAGCUGCUGCAGCAGAUGCAGGAGCUGCUGCAGCAGAUGCAGGAGCUGCAACAGAUAUAGCAGCUGCUGAAGCAGAUGCAGCAGCAGCAGCUGCUGCUGCAGAUUCAGCAGAUGCAGUAGCGGGAGCACAUGCUGCAACGAAAGCAGCAGAUGCAGGACCUGCAUCAUCAACUACAACAGCAGCAGCAGGAGCAGCAGCAGGAGAUGUCGCUGCUGCACCAGAUGUAGGGUUUACUUGUGCUGGGGGGCGGCUGAUGGAUGUGGUUGUCUCUGCCCCCUCCAUAGCCGCGGAGUGUCUCGCCUUUGGGGGCCUUCCUGUUGGUUGUGACGACACACAGACGGGCCUUCUCAUACAAACCACUCCCUUUGGCGCCCGUGUCGUGCGCGGCGUCCCCCUAAUGAGCCGCCACCAACUCCACCGUGUUGCUCCAGCACCCGAGCGGCCGGUUGCUGCAGCAGAAGGCAGAGGAGCUGCUGCUGCUGCUGCUGCUGCUGCUGCUGCUUGCAGCACCAGUGGCUCCAACGGCACACGAAGGGCUGGGAGCAGCAACAGCAACAGCAUCAACAACAGCAGCAACGGCAGCAGCAGUGGUGGCAGCAGCGCUCAAUCAGCAGCAGCAGACGGCUCAUCGCUAUACGCACCCUUCACCCCUCCAUCUGCAACUGCUGCUGCUGCUGCUGCUGCUGCUGCUGCUGGGCUUAUGCCUGCCUCUGUGCGGCCAUCACGGCCUUCUGUCUCCCCUGAGUUGUGGCGACCUUCUGCCAGCGGUGAGGCAGCAACAGCAGCAGCAGCAGCAACAGCAGCAGCAGCAGCAGCAGCAGCCGAAGGUGUGGGGACCCAAAGGAGACACGCUGUGCUGCAGCAGGACCAAGAGGAGGACCCCGUGCCCUGGCAGAGCGUUGACCUUUUCGCGUGGAGUCUCCUUGAUGAGAAUGGGGUUUCUGCUGAGGUGUCUCUACAGCAUCGCCUUUCAAGGGCCAACAGCCGCCGAAGGGCCCCAACACGGGUAUCACCUGGGGACUCUCCCGGUGCGCAGCAGCAGCAGCAGCAGCAGCAGCAGCAGCAGCAGCGCGUAUCUCUAUCUCCCCCAGCAGCAGCAGGAGCAGCACCAGCAGCAGAAGCAGAACAAACGGAAAUUGCAGGGUCACCUGAGGCUGCUGCUGCUGGAGCUCCUCGUGCAGCAGCAGGUGCCGGCGACACGAAGGCUAUGGAGCUUUCCCCAGGAGCAGCAGCAGCAGGGGCAACAGCAGCAGCAGCAGCAGCAGGAACAGGAGCAUCAGCAGCAGCAAAACGUGUAGAAGAUGAACCCCCGCUAGAAGGAGACAGCAGCAACCGUGUCCUAGCUGCUCCCUGGCAGGCAGCAAGCGGCUCUGUGUUGGAGGCUGCAGCAGCAGAGGCGCAGCGUCAUCGACUGUCUCCUUUCUUUGGGCUCCUUAUGGAAUUACUGCUGCUGUUGGGAACGUUGCUGCAGUCCCUGCUGCCGCCGCUGCAGCCACCGCGGCUGCUGUUGCUGCUGGUGUGUUUGCUGCUGCAGCAGCAGCUCAGCUGCACGAGAGUCCCUCCAGGGCAACCCAACUCGCGGCGCGUCAGAAGUGUCUGCGUAUUGCCAGAUCUGCAGUUCACGGAGCCAAUAAAGCGGGGAGAGUUUAUAGUGGAGUACGCGGGGAAUUGUGUCUCCGAGGCGAAGGCCAACUUCUUGACGGUGGGGUUGUUGUGUUUAUGGUUGGUGUGGUGUCUACGGGUGGUGGUGUUGUGUUGCGUUUUUGUUCUGCUGCAGAAUGGUGGGGUUGUUGUUACUGCCGUGUAA